AUGGAUAUAACCCCGGAUCAGGUUAGAUAUAUCGCCGAUAAGCUUGAUUCUCAUACUGUCACCUUCAGUUCAGUUUCUCGUGAUCUUAAUGUGCAUAAUUCCCAGGCCAAACGGAUCCUUUAUGCCUACUAUUCUCUGAACAAGGAGAAGUUGAACGCGUUGUACGUGGCCAGCGGGACCCAGGGCACGAAAACGGUCGUGAAAAUCGUGGAAAACCCUGAUGAAAAUUACCUACUGGAUCUGUUUGAUCAGGUCGGCUCCAUUCACAUAUACAGCAUUUCCCAGAACAAAUUUUCAUUCAGCACAAGCGACAUAGCAUUGGAGCAGCUCAGGCGACCCGUGGAUUUCGAUAAAGUAGAAUCCUACUAUGAGCUAGGCAUGAUCCGUGGAAGACCGCUCAAGACUGUUCUGGCGCAGGCUGCACCACGUUCUAAGGUGGAGUCCAAGCCAAAGCUUCAAUACCAGUCCAGAAAGGAAAAACCGCAAGCAUCAUUGCUAUCCAACUAUGUUUCUCGUAAGGAGGAGAAGAAGCAGAAAGAGGACGAUUCGAAAAAGCGCAAGCCCGAACAGAGCUCGGGUUACCAGUACAAGUCUAGGAAAAUGGAGAGCAAGCAGCCUAAGGAGCGUGUGAUUGUCUCCAAUGAGACGGAAGAGCCUGAGGAAGAGGAGCCACAGAAGAAAGCAGCUCCUGCCAAAACCACUGAUCUCAAUUCGUUAUUCUUGGACGAUCUCAGCGACUUUUCAGAUAACGACGACACGAAAGAGGCGCAGGAGAAGGAAGAGCCCAUCAUGGUCGAGCCAGAAGCUCAAUCCAAGCCUCAGGAGGACGAGCAACAGCCCAAAGCCACAAUCGCGCCGCUGUUACCCCAGGGUUCCUCGUUGCGUUCUCUUACAUCCAAAUCGCCCACGCCGCAGGCGGGCGAGAACGCAGGCACGGCAGAGGAUGCUCAGGAGCCUGAGCCUGUUACAACAAUUGACGACGAAGGCUACAUAGUGACCAAAAAGGCGGAACCCAAGAAGAAUGAGGCACCCAAGCCGGCAAGGAGAGCCGCUCCAGCACCUAAGAAAGCAACCCCUUCUAACAAGAAGUCGGACGGCACCAAGAAACAGGCUCUGUUAAUGAGCUUCUUUGACAGACGCUGA